GUCCACUUGUCUGAUGUUAGAAGAAAGCAAGAAAGAAAGAGAGGGCUUUACUUCUCCGUUUUAACUAUCUUUUGUAUAGAUUGUAACGCAAAAUCAGUGCUUUUUUCUUUCCUUUUUCGUAUUUUUAGUUGGAGAGAGAGAGAGAGAGAUGGGUGAAGAAGAUGAUCAACAGUCACCAAUGCUCAAAAGCAUUUCUUCAGCUGGGGCAUCACAAGAGCCUCCCAAAAGAACUGGGACACAAUUGACCGCAGUGGCGCAUAUUAUAGCGGGAGUGAUUGGAGCUGGAGUGCUUUCUCUUGCAUGGAGUGUAGCUCAACUAGGGUGGAUUCUCGGUCCUGUGUGCAUGAUAUGCUUCGCAGGAAUUGCUGUUAUCUCUACCUUUGUUCUUUGCGACUGCUACCGGUACCCUGAUCCAGAAUAUGGAACCACCAGAAACCGAUCUUUCAUGGAAGCUGUCAAGUUCUACUUUGGAGAGAAGCAGCAACACAUUUGCGGAGUAUUCGCACAUGAAGGCUUAUAUGGGACCGGGAUUGCUUAUACCAUAACAGCUGCAGCCAGUGUGAGGGCAAUCCUAAGAUCGAAUUGUUAUCAUCAAGGAGGGUACAAUGCUCCAUGCCAGUAUGAGGAUAGUUUCUAUAUGCUCCUAUUUGGUGUAGUUGAGAUACUAUUGUCACAGAUUCCAGAUUUCCAUAGUAUCGGAUGGCUCUCAAUUAUCGCGGCUGCCAUGUCCUUCUCCUACGCUUUUAUCGGGUCCGGACUCGGCUUUCUAAAAGUACUAGAAAAUGGAACCAUUAAGGGAUCUAUCACGGGAGUUCCAGCUUCUAGUAAUCUCAAUAAGUUAUGGUUAGCCUUUGAAGCACUUGCUGACGUUGCUUUUGCCUAUCCUUAUACCUUAAUUGUUCUUGAGAUACAGGACACCUUGAAGUCUCCUCCCCCAGAAAACCAGACGAUGAAGGCGGCCUCUUUGAAAGCAAUUGUCAUCACCACCUUCUUUUACCUCUGCUGUGGAUGCUUUGGAUACGCAGCAUUCGGUGAUAGUACACCAGGCAAUCUACUUACAGGAUUUGGAUUCUACGAGCCAUACUGGCUUGUCGACCUCGCUAAUGCUUGCAUUGUGCUUCAUUUGGUGGGAGCGUAUCAGAUCUAUAGUCAGCCCGUGUUCGCGACAGCAGAGAGAUGGUUCACAUAUAGAUUCCCUGACAGUGGAUUUCUGAACAAUUCCAUCUCAUUCAAGAUUCCCUUGUGCCGCGCAUUCCAAUUGAACCCUUUCCGAGUGGUGUUCCGGACAACAUAUGUAGUAUCUACAACCGCGCUCGCAAUGUCCUUCCCUUACUUCAAUUCGGUGCUGGGAGUGCUGGGGGCAUUGAACUUUUGGCCUCUGGCAGUAUAUUUCCCUGUGGAAAUGUACUUGAAGCAAAAGAAGAUUAGGGCAUGGUCAAGGGAAUGGAUUUGCUAUAGGGCAUAUAGCUGUCUUUGUCUGUUGGUCACAGUUGUGGGAUUCAUUGGGUCGCUUGAAGAACUGGUUGGUGCAAGGUUAGCAGAGAAAAUAACGUAAAUGCGGUUGCAUAUGAUGGACAAGUAGAACAUAGUUAAAAGAGGCACUUCUUUAUUGGUGAGAGAUUUCUCUUAUAAUCUUUUUUAAUCUUUCCUCUAUUUUUAAUUAUACUUUUGGGUUAUGUCAUGUGAUAAAGUUUUGGAAGUUGCUCAUUGUAUAUUAUUCUUUUAUUAAA